AUGACCGAGCGCAUCGAGCAGACUCAAGCGCGGGCCAUGCAGAUUGGUGCAACCGACUCGUCGGUCUCCGCAAAGUCUUUUGCUCAAGUGCAACGUCAUAGCUACGCCAGCUCGCCAGGCUCUUCACCCACUCCUUCCAAUCCGUCUCAUCCCGCCUCGCUCAAUGGCGACGAUGCUCGCCAUGGCACCUCGCCUGCCACUUCGGUCGAUGUUCCUUCCAUGCCACCGGCUGGUCUCAAGCUCGAUCUAUCUUCGAGCGGCACACAGAGCCGACUGGAGCAACAGGCUUCUCUCAGCCGUGCUGGUGUGGCGCGCUCUCCUCACCCGCUCGAUGUCUCUCAAGAAUCGCGCUCGUCGCUAGCAGCUCGAUCCGGCGGCAUCCUCGCCACGAUGCAGGAAGAAGACGGUCCUGCGUUUUCCGAUAGUCGACGCGGCUCGACGCUCGGCUUUGAUCGCGACUCGUCCUAUUCGCACAUGGAGCAGACCAUGCGUGCCUCGCGCCACCGCUCAGCCUCUAGUGCCGCCGCUCUGGCCCUUCACAGCAGCGCAGGUCCACUUGUCGAUCGAUGGUCAAAGAAUGCUGCAGGACGCAUCACCCCGGCUUCAGGCAUGUCAUCUCGCAACAUCUGGGAAGGGCCCAGCAACGACUCGAUGGUCAGCAACACCAGCCCGAAACCCAACUCUGGCAUGCCGCAGAGGCCCAUUCCGCCGCUCCAGCGCGGCUUCUCAGCUUCAUUUGUCCGCAGCAGCAAACCAGAGCCCGCGUCGCCUUCGACGUUUCUCAGUUCGCCUGCUGGCUUCCCCGAUCUCGGUUUCGACUUCUUCGACCCUUCGCUGCGAACGUCGCGCGCCAGCGUCCACGGCGCCACCACCACAUCUCCCUUUGGCGCAGUGCCGGACCUGCCACAGCUCUCGAGCCAUCCCGAGACGACAGCGGCUCAAGAUAUCGUCGGCGAGGAUCAGCAGCGUUUGCUUGCUGGUACCGAGUCUCGACGCCAUUCCGUCGCUGGCAUGGGUCCCAAUCGCGAGGCUGCUGGUGUCAUCGGAGGCCACCGACGCGCGAUUGGCUUUGAUGUUGCCGAUUCGUAUGGGCGCGAGGGCAAUGGGGCAUGGCCGCGCGCUGGCAACCAUAGGCGCGAUCGCAGUGUGAGCAGCGUCAUUCCGGGUUUCAACCCGUUUGCAGGCAGCAGCCUCGCCCUCUCCGUCGAUGAUCUUGCUGGCGACUUCCAAUUCGACGCCACAUCUCGGAACGAUACUCGGCGCUCGGAUGUGUCUAGUGGCAGCGCACCCGACGCCAGCCCUUACGCAGCAUCGAUGUCGCCUGCCUUGGACGAACGAGGCUUUGGCAGCUUCGAAGCAAGGUCCGAUGGGUUGAACGAGUCACCGCAUGCUCGUGGAAGCCGCAGCAGCGGCGGCGGCGGCGGCAGAGAUAGUCUCUCAGCCAGCUGGGAUACGAUGACACCCUCGCAGAUGGCAGCACGCUCGCCCGGCGAAAGCCAGCGCACGCUUGCCGAGAUGACAUGGCAAUUGCGCCAAAUCUCGAUCGGCGAAGGUGAUCUUCGAGCGCGUCCGCAUUUCCAAGGUGUCACCUCCAUCUUUGACAGUCAGGCCGAAGGCACGCGCACGGUGCGCGGUAGUCCCGGGACGUCGCCUGCUGGAGCUCAUGGCGCCGGCGUCGAAGCAAGUACAAGCACGGGUCGCGGUCUUUCGGCUCAGGCCAAGUCGUUUACAUCAGCCUCGCAGGCACGUGCAGCGAACGCGCCCGACCGCCUCGACGUUGGUGGCUAUCCUGGAGUCGGCCCUGUCGAGGUGCCUUUCUAUGGUUAUGCCGGACCCGCUCUGGUUCAAAGCGGUCGCAUUGUGCCACAGAUGGCGGGUGCGCCUCCCUUCCUUCCGCCGCAGCAAAUGCCCGCUAGCUUUGGCACAACGGUCACCGGCGGCCUGCCCGGUCUGGGCCCGCGUCCGUCUAUGUCCACCUCGUCGAACGACCUCACAUUUUCCAGCUUGGCUGCACUUGGACCGAUGCCGCCCUCGUCGAUGGGACCUCCUGGCGGUCUGGGAGGCGCAGGUGUUGGGUCUCUGUCGAGCGCAGGUACAACUAGUGAGCUGCAGGAUCUGGGCAAGGGAGUGCCGCUCUCGACUCUGUCGAAGGAUACGCCGCUGUACAUUGUCGAAUUCAAGCAAGGACGCACGGAUCUGUUUUUCCGCUCAAAAUUACCAUCGCAGUCGCCCUCGAACCGCGACCGCGAGUCCAUCGGACGCGGCGACUUGGUGAUCGUGGAGGCGGACCGAGGCAAGGACCUGGGUACGGUGGUCAACGACAACAUUACGGUGGAGCAGGUGCAAGCAUUGUUGGCGCAUCAGUCGGAUCUCACGAUUGGCACAGCAGCUGGAGGAGGAGGCGCCGCCGCCGCCACCGCAGCAGGCUGGUUGGGUGGGUCCAGCACGCGCGACGAGACGUCUUCAAACGCAUCAGGUCUCAGCGGCUCGCCCACUUCGACGAUGGGUGGUGGAUCGCAGGCGCCCACAAGCAUGAACGCGAUGGCGGCUCGGCCGAUGCGCACCAUCAAUCCCAAGCGGCUGUUCACCAAGGCGACGGCGGCGGAUACGAGCACGCUCUACUCGAAGGCGCAGGACGAGGAGCGCGCUCUGCAGCUGUGCGUCUCGAAAGUGAUGCAGCGGGGAUUGCCAAUGAGCGUGGUGGCGGCCGAGAUGCAGUGGGACAGACGCAAACUCACGUUCUACUACACGGCGAGCAUGCGCGUCGACUUUCGCGACCUUGUCAAGGAGCUAUUUCGACUGUACAAGACGAGGAUUUGGAUGUGCCAUCUGGGCCACCCGAGCGGUGCCGGCAUGGGCUGA